ACUACAUUGCAACUGAUUCUUUCAGCUGCGAUCUCUUUUCAAGUUGUUCUCUUGCUUCAAAUGGUUAGUGGUCACAUACUCAGCUCAACUCUUUUUACUUCUUUCAACUUCCCAAAAAACGUGGGGACCUUGCUUCUCUUUAUCUUCAUGAUCAUUGGGUGAGAAAGAAGUGACAAACUCUUUGAAUGUCAAAAGUGAGAACUUGGUUACACCUAGUACAUAGGCCAAACCUAGGAUAGUAGGGCUCUGCUCUAUAAAUAGAGCAUACUUUCAUUACAUCCCUCCUCAUUCAAGCCAAAGCUACGCUCAAGAUGCCCGUCCCUCAAGUUUUUCACUUGCUUUUCUCUAUCUCUUCAUGCUUCUUCUUUAUUAACAUUCAAAGCAGACAUCAUAGCCGAACAGAACUGGAACAAUUCCACGUCGAAUCUCACGUUUCUGUUCCACCUUCACCUGCACCUGAAGCUGCUGCCGCUAGUCCAAGUUACAAUACAAAGUCUCCUAAUAAUCCUUCCAGUGUCUUCAAUGUACUUGAUUUUGGCGCUAUUGGGGACGGUGUCACUGACGAUACUCAAGCAUUCAAGCUGGCCUGGGACAUGGCUUGCCAAAAUGAAUCAGCCGUUCUCCUUGUUCCAGAUGGCCAUUCCUUCAUGUUACAAUCUACAAUUUUUACAGGACCUUGUAAGACUGCUGUCCUCUUGUUUCAGAUUGACGGAACCAUAAUGCCACCUGAUGGACCUGACUGUUGGCCAAGAAAUAGCAGCAAACGGCAAUGGCUAGUCUUCUACAGAAUCAAUGGGAUGGCAAUGCAAGGUGGCGGCCUUAUAGAUGGCAGGGGAGAGAAAUGGUGGAGUCUUCCCUGCAAGCCUCACAAAGGAAAUAAUGGAAAAACAAUGCCUGGUCCCUGCGACACCCCAGUGGCAAACAAAAAAAAAACAAGUUUCUUUCUCUCAUUUUCUGAAGUUUUAUCAUUGGGUUUGUUAAUGCAGGCUAUAAGGUUUUUCAUGAGCUCUAACUUGACUGUUAAAGAACUUAAAAUCAAGAAUAGUCCCAAGUUCAAUUUCAGGUUCGAUGCCUGCCAUGAUGUUCGUAUAGAAUCAUUAACUAUCAAAGCACCAGCUCAAAGUCCCAACACAGAUGGAAUUCACAUAGAGAACACAAAUAAUGUGCAAAUAUAUAAUUCCAUCAUAUCCAACGGUGAUGAUUGUGUAUCAAUUGGAGCUGGUUGCUAUAAUGUUAAUAUAAAGAACAUAACUUGUGGUCCCAGUCAUGGAAUCAGUAUUGGUAGUCUUGGGAUCCAUAAUUCACGAGCCUGCGUUUCAAACGUCAGCGUUUCUGAUUCAGUCAUAAAGCAUUCUGACAAUGGCGUUCGCAUUAAAACCUGGCAAGGCGGCUCAGGCUGUGUGUCCAAGGUUAAAUUCUCUAACAUCCGUGUGGAUGCUGUUCGCAAUCCUAUUAUCAUAGAUCAAUAUUAUUGCCUCACCAGAAACUGCCGUAACCAAACAAGUGCAGUUGUGAUCAAUGACAUUUCGUACAGUAACAUUAAGGGUUCAUAUGAUGUUAGAAGUCCACCAAUGCGUUUUGCUUGUAGUGACUCAAUUCCAUGUACAAACCUUACACUCGCACAGGUAGAGCUGCUUCCGGCCCAAGGACAGAUUGUGGCAAAUCCAUUUUGCUGGAACGCUUAUGGAAAUGUCCUGACAGAAACUAUUCCACCAGUUUAUUGCUUGAUGGAGGAAAUGCCACAAGUGAUAACGCACAAUUAUGAGGAUAGUUGUUGAAUCAGAUUAUUAUGUAAGGUUAAUCAACUGUAUCAACAAUCCAGUGAAUAGAUCAAAAAAAAAAAAAGGAUCUUGGGUUCUAAAAAUUCAAGCCAGUGCUAAUUAAGCAAAAAAAAACUUCUCUUUUUAUGGGAUUUCACACCGGCAGCUCCUUUCUUUCUUAAUUAGUAAAAGUUUGAACCAAUGCUGUGGCUACUAUCUUUUACAUGCCAUCAUGGGUGUAAUGAGUAAUUAUUUACUUUAUUGAAUCAAUAUUGCAAAAUUCAAAGGUGGAAGGUCGGUGCACGAGCUUAUCUGAUCAACCGACACCCAUAGCCCAUCAUUCUCUCUCCCUCUCUACAAACACUUUAGGUUGCAUUACAUGAGAUUGACUUGACGUGCACACUUAAAAAAAAAAAAAAAACAUCUCUAAUAAUCAAGUUAAUUUCU